AUGGACACUCGCCACACCCUUUAUCCAACCGGUAGAGCUAGUGUUAGCUGUCGUUCACUCGAUGAAGAAUACCAAAGUCUAUUGAAGAUGCUGCAAACAGCAGUCCACGAGCACGAGCGUGUCUUCUCUCAACGCCACCCAGGUCUUGAAAGCUAUAAGUUUGCUGAGGAAAAACCAAAGUCUCUCACCAGCUUCUACAUCGACAUUCUGAAACUCAAGACUUGGGUCAGAAAGCUAUCGGCCGAGAUUGCUUGCGUCGAACAACCUAUAGUCAAUAUCAAGAUAUUCCUUUCGUGUCCCAUCACGACUUGUGAGCUUCUCGGCAAUGCGUUUGAUGAUUUAUACGAACAACUCUGCGGAGUGGACCGGCAGAUUACCCUCGCGUAUGUUAAGGCUAUAGCUUGCAGUGGUAGGCCCGGUGCUAUGUCUCUGGAAGAGCAGAUCCAACAAUUUUCUUCUCUUUUCUCGCCUAUGUUUGUCCAGACUUCUAAGAUCACCGAGAUCUUGAAAAUUCUACUGCGUGAAACUACGCAGAUUGAGACGAUCGUUCGAUUGUAUACUUCUAGCAAGUAA